AACGGGUGCAUUCUGCUGCUUAACUCAUAUUCUACAAGCGCAAUUUAAACCAGAGUUUCGACUUAUGGGAUCUCAUACAACGUGUUGUCAAGAAAAUAUUUGUCUUUGUCAUCCCUUGUCCAACAAGCUAGUAAUGCAGUGCGUGGGGGAGGAGAACUGGGUCGACAAUCGGACGGUCUACAUCGGUCAUAAAGAACCCCCUCCGGGAGCUGAGGCCUACAUCCCUCAGCGUUACCCCGACAACCGUAUUGUGUCCUCAAAGUACACCUUCUGGAACUUCAUCCCCAAGAACCUGUUUGAACAGUUCCGAAGAAUUGCCAACUUUUACUUUUUGGUCAUAUUUCUUGUCCAGCUCAUCAUCGACACCCCUACCAGCCCAGUCACCAGUGGGCUACCCCUGUUCUUUGUUAUCACAGUAACUGCCAUCAAGCAGGGCUACGAGGAUUGGCUGCGGCACAAAGCCGACUGCUCCAUCAAUGAGUGUCCGGUGGACGUGGUGCAGCGGGGGAAGGUGGCGAGGACGCAGAGUCACAAGCUGCGGGUGGGCGACAUCGUGGUGGUGAGGGAGGACGAAACGUUCCCAUGUGACCUCAUCCUGCUCUCCUCCAGCCGACAAGAUGGCACCUGCUACGUCACCACCGCCAGCCUGGAUGGGGAAUCCAGUCACAAGACCUACUACGCCAUACCAGAUACCAUGGCCUUUAGGACGGACCAGGAAGUGGAUUCCCUACAUGCCACCAUUGAAUGUGAACAGCCGCAGCCUGACCUCUACAAAUUUGUGGGACGUAUCAAUAUUUACAAGAACAAAGAAGAGCCUGUUGCUAGACCACUUGGUGCUGAGAAUUUACUACUCAGAGGCGCAACACUGAAGAACACACAGCACAUUUAUGCUGUUGCCAUCUACACUGGCAUGGAGACCAAGAUGGCGCUCAAUUACCAGUCGAAAUCGCAGAAGCGGUCUGCUGUGGAAAAGUCUAUGAAUGCCUUUCUGAUUGUCUAUCUGUGCAUCCUGAUCAGUAAAGCAGUCGUCAACACUGUUCUCAAAUAUGCCUGGCAGUGGUCUCCAGACCGCGACGAGCCCUGGUACAACCACAGAACGGAGAACGAGCGACAGCGACACGUGGUGGUCCGAGCGUUCACCGACUUCUUGGCCUUUACCGUGUUAUUCAAUUACAUCAUUCCCGUGUCCAUGUACGUCACGGUGGAGAUGCAGAAAUUCCUGGGCUCCUAUUUCAUCACGUGGGAUGAGGAGAUGUUCGAUGAAGAGUUGGGAGAAGGAGCUCAGGUCAAUACCUCUGACCUUAACGAGGAGCUGGGUCAGGUACAAUAUGUUUUCACCGAUAAGACGGGCACUCUGACGGAGAACAACAUGGAGUUCAUCGAAUGCUGCGUCGAUGGGAAUGUUUACAUUCCGCACGCCAUAUGCAACGGUCAAAUCCUCAGCGCCGCCUCCAGCAUCGACAUGAUCGAUUCCUCACCCGGUGGAUACCGCAGAGAACACGAGGACCUGUUUUUCCGGGCAUUGUGUCUGUGUCACACGGUUCAAGUGAAGGAGGAGGAGACCGUGGACGGCAUCAAGAAGGGCAUCCAUCAGGGCCGGCCCACCUCCUUCUACAUCUCCUCUUCCCCGGAUGAGGUGGCUUUGGUGGAGGGAAUGAAAAGGCUGGGCUACACCUACCUGAGACUGAAAGACAACUACAUGGAGAUUUUGAACAAAGACGACGAGAUUGAAAGGUUUGAGCUCCUUCAUGUACUCAACUUUGACUCUGUGAGGAGGAGAAUGAGCGUCAUUGUUCGGGCGAGCUCAGGGGAAUACUUGCUCUUCUGCAAGGGCGCCGACUCCGCCAUUUUUCCUCUGGUGAUCUCUGGCAAGGUGGAGCAAGUGAAGGCGCGGGUGGAGCAAAAUGCUGUGGAGGGCCUGCGAACGCUGUGCGUGGCAUACAAGAGGCUGUCGGAGUCCGAGUACCAAGAGGCGUGUCGGCAUCUGACAGACGCCAAGCUGGCCCUGCAGGAGAGAGAGCAGAGACUGGCUGAGGCUUAUGAUGUCAUCGAAAGAGACUUUGUGCUCCUGGGUGCCACGGCGGUGGAGGACAGGCUCCAGGAGAAGGCGGCAGACACCAUUGAAUCGCUGCACAAAGCGGGAAUGAAAGUUUGGGUUCUGACUGGCGACAAAAUGGAGACGGCGGCGGCCACCUGCUAUGCCAGCAAACUCUUCCGCCGCAGCACUCAGAUCCUGGAGCUGACCAAGAAGCGCACGGAAGAGCAGAGUCUGCACGACGUUCUUUUUGAGCUCAACAGGACCGUUCUCAGGCAGAGAUCCAUUUCUGGGUUGUCUGUCGACUGCCUGGAUUUCGGUCUGAUCAUCGACGGGGCCACGCUGUCGGCCGUCCUCACGCCCAAGCAGGACGGCGGCGCCGGCCACGGCAACUACCGCGAGAUCUUCCUGGAGAUCUGUCGCAACUGCAGCGCUGUGCUGUGCUGUCGCAUGGCGCCGCUGCAGAAAGCGCAGAUCGUGAAGCUGAUCAAGGCCUCCAAGGAGCACCCGAUUACCCUGGCUGUUGGCGAUGGAGCCAAUGAUGUCAGCAUGAUUUUAGAAGCACACGUGGGCAUCGGGAUAAUGGGCAAAGAGGGUCGCCAGGCUGCCAGGAACAGCGACUACGCCAUCCCCAAAUUCAAACAUUUGAAGAAAAUGCUGCUGGUUCACGGCCACUACUACUACAUUCGCAUCGCCGAGCUCGUCCAGUACUUCUUCUACAAGAAUGUAUGCUUCAUCUUCCCGCAGUUCCUGUACCAGUUCUUCUGUGGCUUCUCCCAGCAGCCUCUGUACGACACGGCCUAUUUGACCUUGUACAACAUCAGCUUCACGUCACUGCCCAUCCUCCUCUACAGUCUGGUGGAGAAGCACGUCACCAUGGAAACGCUUAAACGAGAGCCCUCCUUGUACAGGGACAUCGCCAAGAACUCCCUCCUCCGCUGGCCAGUCUUCCUAUACUGGACAUGCCUGGGCGUGUUUGACGCCGUCGUCUUCUUUUUCGGUGCCUACUUCCUGUUUGACAACACCACCUUCACCAGCAAUGGCCAGAUGUUUGGCAACUGGACCUUUGGGACUCUUGUUUUCACAGUGCUGGUGUUCACCGUGACACUUAAGCUCGCCUUGGACACGCACCACUGGACAUGGAUCAAUCAUUUUGUCAUCUGGGGCUCUCUACUUUUCUACGUGAUCUUCUCUCUUCUCUGGGGUGGCAUCAUUUGGCCUUUUCUCAACUACCAGAGGAUGUAUUACGUCUUCAUGCAAAUGUUGUCCAGCGGGCCGGCCUGGCUUAGCAUCAUCCUGCUUAUCACAGUCAGUCUGCUUCCUGAUGUCAUCAAGAAGGUCCUCUGCAGGGCGAUGUGCCCCACAGCUACAGAGCGUGCUCAGUCCACACCUUGCCCGUGCCUUACCGUGGAGCCCUCCACCAUCUUCAUGCUUUCUCAGUCAUCCAGCAGAAUGAGUUUCUGAUUGAGCCAAACAGACGAAGGAGGAGCAAGAAGCGCAGGAUUGCGACGUGACCAAGUUGUCCUCGCACCACUCCUACAAAGGCGCAAGCGUCGACUCCUCUCAGCUGCAGCUCGGCGCCAUGGAGACGCUGUCGCUCCGUGCCUCCGAACCCCUUCCGCAAAAACUCUUGGCGCACUUGGCGGAAGGGGGGAGGGCAGACCUGCGGUCCCUCAGCCCGUGCAUGUUCAGGCUUUCCGGGGCGGGGAUCGCCUACUACGCUCCUGGGCCAGAAACGUCAGUUUGAAGCCCAAACUUUAGGGUGAGCGUUUGCAGAAUGGAGCCUCAUGGGAUGUGUGGGCGGCCAUCUUCAUCUCAAGGGUGAGAAUUUAUACAACACACAAGCUCACCGUGUGCAUUUCUGGGCUAGUGACUACUCGUUCAUUGACAGUAUUGUCCAAACAUCUCAUGUUCAUUCUUUUGCUUUUCUGAUGGCAUCGACAUCGUCAAAGAACAAAUGGAGGUUACAGUCCAGCCUAUUUGUACAAUGACGUCUUCAUAUUAUUUUGUGUCAAAAUCUCUAUGUAUAUAUGUGUAUGUUCACUAUGUGGUCUGGCCAGGUAAGGGCUGUCGUCCAGCUCGGCCCUUUAGGUGUGUAUGUGUGUAUGUAUGCCUGCGUGCAUGAAGAUGCCUGCACUGUUUGUUUUCUACGUGACACACCUUUGCCUUACAGGUAAACCACACAGCAGCAGGCUAGGAGCCAAAGGUGUUAAAAAAAAGAAAAAAGGAAAAAAAAAAGAGAGGAAGUGGCGUAUUAUUACAAAGCCUUACACACACAUUAACCAAUCCCGCCCUCUCGCCACACACACCUCAUCCUACUGGAAAAGGAAAAAAUAAGAGAGAAGGAUGUGCAGUAUUGUCGCCACCCAGCCUUAAUUCAAUACAUGCCCGCUUAUGGUAGUUUUUAUGGGACACUUAUAUUCACUAUUCCAUCUGGCGUCUGUGUCCUUGCGUGUCUCAACUCUCUGCAUGGUGAUGUGUUCCCGGGCCGAAUUUUUUUCUGUACCGUGUCGGCCACGUGGCACUGAGGAGUAUGAAGGCUA